AUGAGUGAGCAGUGGCACAUGCUCAAUAUGUGCCGCCAUCUGUUUUAUUUUUCGGUGCAGCUCCUCUGCGUGCUGCUGAUAUGCUUUGGCAGUGCGGCUGUGCACGCUGAGAGGAAUAAACCAAACGAAAUGCAAAUACCAAAGUCUGUCUAUCUUUUUGUGCCGCAUCGAACGAUUGUGGAAACACAAGGCCAAAGCCAAACGAGGGAUUCUUUUGCCCACCCCUCCCUCGCCAGUGCUGGCGGAGUGUUGGUUGCACUUGCUGAGGGUAACAUCUUCUUU